AUGUAUGAGGCUCAAUUUGACGACCCGGCACCCUCCGAAAUGUGGCAGCCACCGAAAAGACGUAAAAUGCCCAACCUGGACACGGUAUUGGAAACCGCGAACCAGGAAAUCCAUAACAUUUUCGAGGCGGAGCAUGCGCGGACAGAGGCGCUGGAGAAAGAAGUGCAACGCCUGCGUGCGGAAAUGGCUAGGAAGGAUGAGCGGGUUGACAAGCUUGAGACCAAAGUCCGUGAGCUGAAGUAUCAAUGUCGAUGCCAGAUCUGUUUUACCAUCCCGUCAGGGUGGCGGACCCUUCUGUGUGGACAUCGGUAUUGCCCGAAAUGCGUUCCCCCCAUUGGUGAAACCUGCGCCACUUGUCGCCAGGUUAUCGCUGGUGUUAUUAAGAGCUACUAG